AAUUCUUUCCGCGCCCCUCCCUGGCGCAGUGGCUUGUGGGCCAGGUCAAUGGUUGCUUAGCGGUGGUGCCGGUUGUGGAGAGCAGUGGCCGCCCACCUCCUGUCCCCUCCAUUCAUCGCCCGUCACAGGCCUGAGACAUGGAGGCGCUCAUCCCGGUGAUCAACAAGCUGCAGGAUGUCUUCAACACUGUGGGGGCCGACGUCAUCCAGCUGCCGCAGAUCGUGGUGGUGGGGACCCAGAGCAGCGGUAAAAGCUCCGUCCUAGAAAGCUUAGUUGGCCGUGAUCUGCUCCCCCGAGGCACAGGCAUAGUGACGAGAAGACCCCUGAUCCUACAGCUGGUUCAUGUAUCCACUGAUGAUCGGCGCAAAACCUCUGGAGAGGAGAAUGACCUGGACACCUGGAAAAAUCCAAGACAGUUAUCCAAAGGGGUGGAUGCUGAGGAAUGGGGCAAGUUUCUCCAUACCAAGAACAAGAUUUUUACAGACUUUGAUGAAAUUCGUCAAGAAAUUGAGAAUGAAACAGAGAGGAUUUCUGGGAACAAUAAAGGUAUUAGUUCAGAACCCAUCCAUUUGAAGAUAUUCUCUCCCAAUGUCGUCAACCUGACACUGGUGGAUUUACCCGGGAUGACAAAGGUACCUGUAGGCGACCAGCCCAAAGACAUUGAAGUUCAGAUCCGGGAGCUCAUUUUCCGGUACAUCGGUAACCCCAAUUCCAUCAUUCUGGCCGUCACUGCUGCCAACACGGACAUGGCUACGUCUGAGGCUCUGAAGGUUGCCAGAGAGUGUGAUCCGGACGGGCGGAGAACGCUCGCUGUCAUCACCAAGCUGGACCUCAUGGAUGCUGGUACAGAUGCCAUGGACGUUUUGCUGGGGAGGGUCAUUCCUGUGAAACUGGGCAUUAUUGGAGUGGUCAACAGGAGUCAGCUAGAUAUUAAUAACAAGAAAAGUGUGGCAGACUCCAUCCGGGAUGAGUAUGCUUUUCUACAGAAGAAAUACCCAUCUUUGGCCAAUAGAAAUGGAACCAAGUACCUAGCACGGACACUGAACAGGCUGCUGAUGCACCAUAUCAGAGACUGCUUGCCGGAGCUGAAGACCAGGAUCAAUGUGUUAGCAGCUCAGUAUCAGUCUCUGCUGAAUAGUUAUGGCGAGCCGGUGGAUGACAAGAGCGCCACACUGCUCCAGCUCAUUACAAAGUUUGCAGCUGAAUAUUGUAACACAAUCGAAGGAACCGCAAAAUACAUUGAAACCUCAGAGCUGUGCGGGGGUGCUCGAAUUUGCUACAUUUUUCAUGAAACGUUUGGGAGGACGUUGGAGUCUGUAGAUCCAUUGGGCGGCCUGACUACGAUCGACAUCCUGACCGCUAUCAGAAAUGCAACUGGUCCCCGGCCAGCCUUAUUUGUUCCAGAAGUCUCCUUUGAGCUGCUUGUAAAGCGGCAGGUGAAACGAUUGGAGGAGCCGAGUUUGCGCUGUGUGGAGCUUGUCCACGAGGAGAUGCAGAGGAUUAUCCAGCACUGCAGUAAUUACAGCACCCAGGAGCUCUUGAGGUUUCCUAAAUUACAUGAUGCCAUUGUCGAAGUAGUCACAUGUCUUCUGCGGAAGCGACUGCCAGUGACUAAUGAGAUGGUUCACAAUUUAGUGGCGAUUGAACUGGCUUACAUCAACACCAAGCACCCUGACUUUGCAGAUGCCUGCGGAGUGAUGAACAACAACAUAGAGGAACAGAGGCGGAAUAGAAUAGCCAGAGAUUUGCCCCCUCCUGCAGCGCCCAGAGAUAAGGCUGUACCAGCCGUGGGCACUGGUGACAAUAUCCCUGAUGCUGGGACUGGUAAUUGGAGGGGGAUGUUAAAAUACUCAAAAGGAGAUGACCUGUCGGGUGAAGACAAGAACAGAUCAGCCCAUGCCCUUCCUGCCAGCCCUCAGAGGGGUCAUGCUGUAAAUCUGCUGGAUGUGCCUGUGCCUGUUGCCAGAAAACUUUCCGCCCGAGAGCAGCGCGACUGCGAAGUGAUCGAGCGAUUAAUUAAAUCUUACUUCCUAAUAGUACGGAAGAAUAUUCAGGACAGUGUGCCAAAGGCUGUAAUGCACUUUCUAGUGAACCACGUGAAGGACGCCUUACAGAGCGAGCUCGUGGGUCAGCUUUAUAAAUCCAUGCUGCUGGAUGAUCUGCUCACAGAGUCUGAGGACAUGGCCCAGCGCAGGAAUGAGGCUGCCGAUAUGUUAAAGGCUUUGCAGAGAGCCAGUCAGAUUAUUGCUGAAAUCCGGGAGACACAUCUCUGGUGACCAGGAGUUCAAAACGUCCCAAACGAGAUGGAAGAAAAGUCACACAACUUGUACAGGAGCUCGUCAGUCAGCAUAUACUUGAUCGAAUUCCUGCUAUCCGUAUACAGUACAUAUGGGGGGUACGGAUGUCCAGGAGGGAACCUGAUGUAUUUAGGAAAAAGCUAUACUAUUCACACAAUUAAUAUUGCGUCACAAGUAUCACCCCCACCAUACAGAUUUCUGUUGUGAUUCGAGCUGACCACCUGUUGUGACAAUGGAGCAAAGCAUGCUGGGAAGCCCCUUAUCGUUCCCCUUCACUCACAUGACUGUUCCAUCGGUUUAGUUUUAGGUGAUGUAUGUUUUCUACAGAACCCGUACAGUUCUCUGGAAUUGUGUAAACAUUUGCAUUUUAUUGUUUGAUACUGCACUGAAGUAUUUACACAUUGUCCAUCAUACAAUAAAGUUAUCCAGAACA